CCCUCUCAGCGGCCAUCCUGUCCUGUCAUCCAUCCUGGCCAAAGCUGAAAGGGAAAAUGAAAGAGGGACCAAGAGGAGCAGGUCCCAGCCAUCUCUCAAGGGCCCUCGCUCAACUCUAGAGCCCAGUUCCAGCCUCAGGCGCCAUGGGGGAGUGGGCCUUCCUGGGCUCGCUGCUGGACGCCGUGCAGCUGCAGUCGCCGCUGGUGGGCCGCCUGUGGCUGGUGGUCAUGCUCAUCUUCCGCAUCCUGGUGCUGGCCACGGUGGGCGGCGCCGUGUUCGAGGACGAGCAGGAGGAGUUCGUGUGCAACACGCUGCAGCCCGGCUGUCGGCAGACCUGCUACGACCGCGCCUUCCCCGUGUCGCACUACCGCUUCUGGCUCUUCCACAUCCUGCUGCUGUCGGCGCCGCCCGUGCUGUUCGCCAUCUACUCCAUGCACCGCGCCAGCAAGGAGCCCGGCGCCGAGGCCGAGGUCGCGGCCCGGGCGGCGCAGGGCCGGGCGCGCGGGCGCCGCUGCUACCUGCUGAGCGUGGCGCUGCGGCUGCUGGCCGAGGCCGCCUUCCUGGCGGGGCAGGCGCUGCUCUAUGGCUUCCGCGUGGCCCCGCACUUCGCGUGCACCGCGCCGCCCUGCCCGCACACCGUCGACUGCUUCGUCAGCCGGCCCACCGAGAAGACGGUCUUCGUGCUCUUCUACUUCGCCGUGGGGCUGCUGUCGGCGCUGCUCAGCGUGGCCGAGCUCACCCACCUGCUCUGCAAGGGCCGCCCGGCCGCCGCGCGGCGCCAGACGCCGGAGCGCGACAACCGGCGCAACCGCGCGCGCGAGGAGGCGGAGACGCUGCUCCCGCCGCCGCCGCCGCCGCCGCCGCCACCCCCGCGGCGCCCCGACGCCGCCGACGCCCCGCCCGCCUACGCGCACCGGCCGCCGGGCAAGGCCGCGCUGGUCGUCGCGCGCCGGGACCUGGCCGUCUAGGCGGCGCCGGGACCCGCCGCCCGACCCCACCCGGGCGCCCCGCUGAGCUGCGCAGGGAAGGGCCGCGGCCGGCCAGCGAGACAAGGUGCAUAACGGGACCGGACCGGCCGAGUGGAAAGACGAGGUUCGGGGGCAAAACCCGCUGGCCGGCGUUCAGGCCCAGGCGGGGCCUCCGUGCAGAGCCGAACCCGCCUGAGCUCUGCGGAAGGCGGCGUGCCCCCACGGCCGCCCUGCCGUGGGGGCAGCGGCAUCGCGGUCGUGAGAUGCGAGCUGCGUGUGUAUGCACAUGCAAAGGCUUGUGUGCGCACUUACACCAUGCAACCUCUCGUGUGGACACGUGUGCAUAGCCUUAUGGGCCCUCUGUGUGCA